AUGGAAACGGCCAGUGUUUCGAACCUGGUUAACAUGGAGCCAACGGCCGAUCCAAUAUUUGAGUUCACCGAUUACAACCAGCGAAUCGCCGUCGCAGUCCUCAUGGCCAUCAUCUUCAUCGUCGGCAUCAUCGGCAAUGGCUUGGUUUUAAUGGCUGUUGCUGUUUCCAGAAAGCUGCACACUUCCACAAACGCCUUCGUCGUCAGUCUUAGCGUAACGGAUUUCCUGACAUGCCUCGUGCUACCGUUCCAGAUCAGUGGUGUUUUGAGCAGGACAGGAUGGAUGUUACCGUAUGCGUUAUGCAACAUUAUCGGCGGUAUCGCAAUCAGUUCCGCCAUAGCAAGUGUAAUCACCCUCGCGCAGAUCGCAAUCAACCGUUACGUUAUCAUUACGUCCGACCGACGCCGUUACGAGCAAAUCUUUUCGCCUCGCAACGUGUUCCUCAUGGUCGCGUUCUCUUGGCUAUUCCCAUUCAUGACGAUGGUUUUCCCACAGGCCAUUGGGUAUGGCAGGAUCGGCUAUACCAAUAAAUAUAAGCUUUGUCUCAUGGACGGAAAUCACAGAUACGCUCUCAUCUACGAGUUCGGUGCCGCCAUCAUCCAAUUGACCUGUUUCGUUGUCAUCACGGUCUGCUACGGACUGAUAUAUCGCUUCUUGCGCCAGAAGAUGUUCUUUGAACGAUCUCCAUCACCUAAAUUCGCAUCAAACGGCGGCAACACCCGUCGCGUCGCUCCAAGUACGUCAUCAACGGAGUUAUCGAAUACGCAGGCUACCAAGGACAGCGUCAAGGAAAUGAACGGCAAUGUAAUUGCGGGGGAGACUGAAAAGGGCGCGAAACUGCCGACGCGUCGAGAGGUGCAAAUCACGCGGAAUCUGUUUUACGUCGUCUGCGCGUUCUUCGUAUCCAUCAUACCGUACGCGAUCGCAGUUGCGAUUCCGAACAGCGGAAAGGUGCUGGUCUACCUAGGUGUGCUGGUAACCGCGUCGAGUAUACUCAACCCCAUCAUUUAUGGCUUCAACCAUCCUCAUUUUCGUGUCAUCUUCAGGAUCAUUUUGCGUUGUGACUGGAAAAGGAUUCCAGAACCAUCUGCGUUUUUGAGAGCUAUACAGGGAAAGAGAUAA